AUGACUUACAUGGAGACGUCGUUCAUCAAAUCGGUAUUCCAUGGAACAUUUGUACCUAUAACAUCGUCCUAUGAAAACAUUCGACGACCGUGUACAAAAGUACAACGAACAAGUCAAUGGAGAAUAGCGCCAUAUUACAUUCAGCGCUUUGUGCACUCGCUGGCUGCACUGCGCGCCAAAGAAGUUGUCAAGGCCCCCACCUUCCCUGACUCUGUGUCAACUGGUGAUGUCAAAUUUAUUAAGAAAGAGGGAGAUGCUGUAGCGAUGGACGAGGAAGUGAUGCAGAUAGAGACGGACAAGACGGCGCUGCCCGUCAUGGCGCCUGGACACGGCACCAUUGUCAAGAUGCUCGUCAAAGAGGGCGAGGCUGUCAAAUCCCAGCAACCAUUGUUCGAGAUCGACGUAACAGGCGUGGCACCGGCGGCAGCCCCGAAAGCAGCGGCUGCACCAGCUCCCGCGCCUGCCGCCGCCCCCGCGAAAGCUGCGCCUGCGCCCGCUCCUGCCCCCGCAGCCGCAGCUGCUAAGGCUAAAGCGCCUGCUAAAGCAACUGCUACCGCUGCUAAGAAACCGGCAGGACCUACGUUUGCUGCGCAAAAAAUUGGCGAUCCAACGAAAGUGAUAUCAGGCAGCCGGUCCGAGUUCCCUGUGCCGAUGAACAGGAUGCGGCUGCGCAUCGCCGAGCGGCUGAAGGAGGCUCAGAACACCACCGCCAUGCUCACCACAUUCAAUGAAUGCGAUAUGAGUCGACUCAUGGAGUUCCGAAAGGCUAACCUUAAGGCUUUUGAAAAGAAAUACGGCGUGAAGCUUUCCUUUAUGUCGCCAUUCUUGAAAGCAGCGGCCAACGCCCUCGAGGACCAGCCUGUUGUCAACUCUGUCAUCAUCGAUAACAACAUUGUAUACAGGGACUACAUAGACAUUUCAGUGGCAGUAGCCACGCCGAAGGGUCUUUUAGUACCGGUCAUGAGAAAUGUAGAAUCUAUGGACUACCCGCGGAUAGAGCUAGCUAUAAACGAACUGGCAGCCAAGGCUCGCGAAGGUAAACUGCGGCCUAGUGACAUGCAGGGUGGCACCUUCACCAUCAGCAACGGGGGCGUAUUCGGGUCCCUGUUGUCAAUGCCCAUCAUCAAUCUGCCACAAUCAGCCAUCCUCGGCAUGCACGCCAUCGUACAGAGGCCCGUUGCGAUCAAUGGAGAGAUUAAAAUACGACCGAUGAUGUACCUCGCACUGACGUACGACCACAGAUUGAUAGACGGUCGCGAGGCGGUGCUGUUCCUGCGCAAAGUUAAGGCAGGCGUUGAAGACCCGACCUCUAUUCUGGCCGGAGUAUGAAUUAGACAUACACAUUAG